UGGAAGAUAUCAAGAAACUUAAAUUAAAUUGUCGGCGCUGCAUUAGGACGACGCCAGACAGUGAAAAUUGCAAUGGAAUUGGAGGAAUAAGAGACCAAAUAAAAAUGAAUGCCAAUUAUAUAUCACGCGCCCUGUGCUACCACGGCCAGCCAUUGCAAAAGAUCUGGGAAGAUGAGCGGGGCAUCGAGGAUUUGCGACGACUGAACUUGACGCAGCCAAACUACAGCGUCUACCAGGAACGACAGAAAUAUUUCACAUUUCAGGAGCGGGCGAAACGAUUGAAAAUCCACCAGUUUCUGGCACGCAAAGCCAGCGAUUUGUACGACCGGCAGCUGGUGGGCAACGUUAUGGAGGAAUCGUGGCUGACACAAAUGAGCAACUGCAUCGCACCCCAGCCCCCGAUGGAGUUCUAUCUGUGUGUCAAGGAUAAACGCAAGGCGUACGCCUUUCGAAUCGGCGCCCUCAAACAAGGCGACAUCGUCUUUGCCACCGUGCAGAAGGUAAUGUCGAAUGCGAAUCGGAUCGUCGUGAAACCACUGUGCACGGCGGAACCUUUACACUUCUAUCUGGCUGAUAUACCCAUUAAGGCAAUCAUUUUGCAGGAGCAGUGGGGUCCACUGCCACUGGACAAACAGGGCUCUCCACGCACAUUCGCCAUCAAUGAUUUUAUACGUUGUGAAGUGUGCAGCGUGUCCGCAGACGUGGAACGCUUAACCCUUGGCAUGUUGGGUCUGUACAAUAAGAAUCCCGACGUUAAGCUGGGUCUAUGCGAUCUGAGUGAUUUCCCCAACUACUAUCGCUCAAUACACAAUGUGGAUCCAGCGUCGGCACCGCACUAUGAGGAUCAGUUAAAUGCGGCCUUGGAGCUGGAGAAUCCCAACUGUGAUGUGCUCUUUCAGCUAAACGGUCUGCAGCCCAACGAGAACUUAACGCUGAUGAGCAGCAUCAAAGCUGGCUUCCCGGAGUCCGACUAUGCGCCGGAGCUGCGACAGAAACAGGCCUCACAAUGGGCAUUUCGCUCCGUGGCUGACGGCAUUGAGCACUUUAAGAAUGGCCAACAAGUUGAGGCCUUUCAGUGCCUGAACAAGGCCUUAAACAUUGAUCCGCGCAAUGUCGAGGGUUUGGUGGCGCGCGGUGCGCUAUACGCGAAUCGGGGCAGUUUCUUGAAGGGUCUGAAAGACUUUGAAAAGGCGCUAAUGUUGAAUAAGUACCAUGUGAAUGCGCGUAAAUAUAUGGGCGAGACCCUGGUGGCGCUUGGACGCAGCUAUGAGGAGGAGAAUCGUAUACCGGAUGCCAUCAAGGCCUACAGCGAUUGCCUCAAUCUAUUGCCCCAGCAUGAGCAGGCGCGCAUCUCUCUCGAUGCACUGCAGCAACAGCUGCGACCAGCUGCAGUUACUGGAGGAACCACCAACGCCACCACCACCUUGUUGGCCCUGCAGCAUCAGCAGCGUGGAGCUGAUAUGCUCAGUGUGCCCGGCGCCGGCGACUCAACGGUAACAAUUGGCUCCACGGACGACUCAAGCUCAUCCAGCGGCAGUGAGAACGAAAACGAUAGCGAAGGGGGACAGCCAAGCGGCAAGCUGCGUUCUGUCCUGCCCAUUGAGCAGGACAAGCGCGCCGUCAGCGAUGCCCUCUCGGCUAACGAAUUUAAGCUGGACGACGAUGAGACGAUGAGCAGUGUGCGGCGAUUGCUGCGCGAGGCGAGCAAGCACAAAAAGUCCAAGAAGAAGGGCAAAAAGAAGAAGGACAAGGAGAAGGAUAGAAAGGAACGCAAGAAAUCGAAAUCAAAGUCGAUCGAAACUGGAAGUGCAAUCUCAGCCACCGAGGCUGCAUUGGAAAUGCUCAAGAAAAUUGACUAUGCGGAGGCUUUCAGGCUCAUGAGCAGCAGCAGCAGCGAUGCCCAGCUUAAGUCCCAGCUGCAAAUCUAUUUCAAGCGCAAACAGCGCUCGGAAACGCCAACGCCCCCACCACCCUCUGUGCCCACCGCACUGCGCAAGCAGCCGGCGACGACGACAAUGACGGGCGGCUACAAUCUGAUGAUGGGACCAAGCACUUCGAAAUAUGCCGCGGCUGCUGCAGCCAAUGUGGACGAUGAGCAGCCGCCACCAGCGCCCAAAUUCCAUCAUCAUCAGCAACAACAGCAGCAGCAGCAACAACAUCAGCAGCAGCAUCAGAAGCUCUCAUUUCAAAUCAAGAAGCGUCCGCUACAAAUGGAUAAAUUUGGAUUAUUACGUUUGGCCACACCGCUAAGCUCGCGAUCGCGAUCCCGCAGCCGCUCGCCGAGGCGACGCAAUAGCCGUAGCCGAUCCCGCGACAGACGCCCAUCGAGGCGACGUACGCGCAGUCGUAGCAGAAGCAGCCGCAGGAGCAGUCGAUCCCGUCACUCCAGAUCGCGCAGACGACGCAGUCCGACACGCAGUCCAAGUCGCAGCCGCAGUCGUAGUCGCACUCGUAGUCGUAGUAGGAGUAGAAGUUAUUCGCCGUCGCGAUUUGGUGGACGGUUCAGAGGCGGAAGGAACUUUAAGCAACGCUUUGGCCAGCGUGAUAGACGCUCGCGGUCGCGUUCCUUUGGACGUGGCAGACGCACACCGUCACCUUUUGUGCCCCGGCGCACUCCGUCGCCGGCCGCCCGAUAUCGACGGACACGGUCGCGUAGCUUCAGUCCGCGGCGGCAUCAGCCAGGGCGUUUUAUGCCGCGCGGACGGAGUCGCGGACGUGGGCGUUUCCAGAAUCGCUGGAACUUCGAUGGUCGCAACAAUGAUCGGCGUCUCAGUCGGGAGAAGAGUGUGAGCCAAGCACCUGGCGAUGGACCCACCAUCGAGGAAGUGGACGAAAUGAUCAAGGAAGCACAAAAGGAGCGCAAGCAAGGCAUCAUCGAGAGCGACAAGGACAUUCUGAAGAAGAGGGCCACAAAUAACAACACGACCAGUGACAGCGCCUAGAAUCUAAGAUUAGGCACACCUCCAAUGUUAAGGUUCUUUUUAUACGUAGUUCUAUCAAUAGUUUAUACAGCCAUAGAUAGAAUCCUGAUAAGGUCCCCCUGCUAACAACCCAACUAUGGACACCAAAAUAAAGAAGCUUGCUAAGCAUUUUCUGCAUUACAAA